AUGUCUUCAAUCAUUAAAUACUGUAGCCCACAGGGCAUACUGCCACACGAGUAUCGCGUUGUCCAGGAGAUGGCCUCGGUCAUCCAGCGAGCCAAAGACUUACAAGAUGAAUUGAACCAGGCCCGCCUGCGCGCCGACAAGCGGAACUCGGAGCAGUCGCAGACCGACCGCGCGUUGAGGGAACUUCGCUCGCAGGUCGACGACCUCACGGAGGCGCUCUCUGCCAAAGACGGCCAGCUCGCGGUCCUGAAAGUCCGACUCGACGAAGCCGAUCAGCUGCUGAAGUCUCGCAGUUUUGCACUGGAGGAAACGCAGAAGGAAAAGUCGAGAAUAAUGCAAGAUCACACGGAAGGCAGCAGCAUGCAUUCCCAAGCUCUGGAAAAGAUACAGGAGAGGCUGCGGGAGGCGGAGCUCUCUGUCAGGAGGGAACAGGACAGCUACCUGCAGAUGCAGAGUGAGUACGCCGACCGACUGGGCAAGCUGGAGGCCGAGCGGCAGACCCUGGCAGAGACGUUGACGGCGGCGGAGCGCCGAGCGGUGGAGGAGAAGGUCAGGGUCGACGACCUCCAGCAGCAAGUGAAAAGUGACAAAGCGGCGGCCGAGUCUGCCAAGCAGGAGCUACAAGACUACAAGCACAAGGCUUCACGCAUCCUACAGUCCAAAGAAAAGCUAAUAAGCAGCUUGAAGGGGGGCUCGGGUCUGGACGUGGGCGACAGCGGCGGGACCGUGGCCUUGGAGAUGGAGGAACUCCGUCAUGAAAAGGAGCUGCAGAGGGAAGAGAUUCAAAAGCUGCAGGGGCAAGUCGGCACGCUGCGGGCGGAAAUACAGGAUUUGGAGAACCAGGCGCUGGCAGAGGCAGAAACAUGGCGGGAGCAGCAGGUCCACCUGCAGGAGCAACAGGCCUUCCAGAACCGGGCCAAGCAGGAUUUAGAAGCCGAGGUGGAGCGCCACAAGCUGGAGCUGCAGUACCUUGAGGACGAGCACCACCGGGCCAAAGUCAACCUGCAGAGCCGAAUCAAAGACCGAGAAGACGAAAUCCAGAAACUCAGGAAUCGGCUGACCAACAAGACUCUGAGCAGCAGCAGCCAGACGGAGCUGGAGAAUCGCCUCCACCAGCUGACGGAGACGCUGAUCCAGAAGCAGACCAUGCUGGAGGCCCUGGGCACGGAGAAAAGCUCGCUGGUCUUCCAGCUGGAGCGUCUGGAGCUGCAGCUGAAGAGCGCGCAGGGAGGCCAAAGCGGGGGCUCGUCCAUCAACAUGAGCACCCUGGAGGGUCCAGGAACGCGCCAGAGAAACACACCGGUGCUGUUCAGCGAUCAGGACAGUCCAGGUGUGUACGGAAAAGUCCGGAAGGCAGCCAGCACUAUCGACCGUUUCAGCAUAAGACUGGGGAUCUUCCUGAGGCGCUACCCUAUGGCCAGGCUCUUCGUCAUCCUCUACAUGGCGGUGCUGCAUCUGUGGGUCAUGAUUGUUCUUCUAACUUACACACCGGAAAUGCACGGCAGCCCUGACGGAAGAUAGAAGGCAACCGGAAAUUCCUAGAUUUUUCUGUUUCCUGCAACGUAAGGAAGCUGCUGGAAAAUGGGCCCUGGGACCUGACUCUCCCUGUUUUGCACACACAAUGCUACGAACUGAAGGCAUUUGCUGGCUUUUCUUGUUGGUUUCUUGGGCUGAUGGCCGAGAGCUGCAAUGAGUUUUAACAUGAAUACAGAGUGGUUAUACUGUGUUGGUUUUGUUCUCCACGUUAAACCUUCCUUCUGCUGUACUCUUAAGAGAUUGUAUGCAACACUAUGUAAAAACAAAGGAUUUUAAUAAAUAUGCAAGAGGAGAAAA